AAUAAGUGAACUUAAGGAUUUGCAGGCGCACGUUGUAAAAUGAAACUUUUCGUGCUUCUUAUGCUAAUUGCACUUUGCGUGGGAACUUAUUCAAGGCUAUGUAGGAUGUUCCACAAAAGAUACAAAUGUCAGGAUGGAGAGUGUGUGAUGGUUAGACUGUGCUUGCCGAAGCCAAAUCACUACAUAACAUACGACUUAUGCAUGUCUAAAUGCGGGACGACAACCGCUAGUACUAAUACUACUGAAACAUAACUAACCGUUGAAAAUAAAAGCAAGA